GGGUAGCGAGCGUGAGGAGAGCCUGGCCGGACUGUACCGGGAGCCCAGCCGGGACUGUCGCGCGGGCCGCGCCGGCAAUGCCGCGCCCCCGGGCCAGGCUGUAGCGGGGCUGCGGCCGGAGCGCACGCGCCGGACAGGCGGGCCAUGGAGGUGGUGGACGAGACCGAAGCGCUACAGCGCUUCUUCGAAGGCCAUGACAUCAGCGGUGCCCUGGAGCCCUCCAACAUAGACACCAGCAUCCUGGAGGAGUACAUUGGCAAAGAGGAUGCCUCUGAUCUCUGCUUCCCUGAGAUCUCUGCACCAGCCAGCACUGCCUCCUUCCCCCACGGGCCACCUGCCAUUCCUGGCUCCAGUGGGCUCCACCAUCUGAGCCCCCCUGGGACCGGACCAUCCCCUGGGCGCCAUGGCCCCCUCCCACCCCCGACCUACGGCACCCCACUCAACUGCAACAACAACAACGGCAUGGGCACCGCCCCUAAGCCCUUCCUGGGGGGCUCUGGGCCUCCCAUCAAGGCAGAGCCCAAGGCUCCCUAUGCCCCAGGCACACUGCCAGACUCGCCCCCAGACUCAGGCUCUGAAGCCUACUCCCCUCAGCAGGUGAAUGACCCCCAUCUUCUGCGCACCAUAACUCCGGAGACUCUGUGCCACGUGGGAGUUCCUUCCCGCCUGGAACACCCGCCCCCACCUCCAGCCCACUUGCCAGGCCCACCACCACCCCCGCCUCCCCCACCUCACUACCCAGUCCUGCAACGGGACCUCUACAUGAAGGCUGAGCCCCCUGUACCCCCUUAUGCUGCCAUGGGGCCGGGUCUGGUGCCCCCGGAGCUCCACCACACCCAGCAGACGCAGGUGCUACACCAGCUGCUGCAACAGCAUGGAGCUGAGCUCCCUCCACACCCCUCUAAGAAGAGGAAGCACUCUGAAUCACCCCCCAACACCCUCAAUGCCCAAAUGCUGAAUGGAAUGAUCAAGCAGGAACCUGGGACUGUCACAGCCUUGCCCCCACACCCUGCCAGAGCCCCAUCCCCUCCAUGGCCUCCUCAGGGCCCACUCUCACCUGGCACUGGCUCCUUGCCCCUCAGCAUUGCCCGAGCCCAGACUCCACCUUGGCACCCACCAGGUGCACCCUCCCCAGGCCUCCUGCAGGACAGUGAUAGCCUCAGUGGCUCCUAUUUGGACCCCAACUACCAAUCCAUCAAAUGGCAGCCACAUCAGCAGAACAAGUGGGCGACCCUGUAUGAUGCUAACUACAAGGAGCUACCUAUGCUCACCUAUCGUGUGGACGCUGACAAGGGCUUCAACUUUUCCGUGGGUGACGAUGCUUUUGUGUGCCAGAAGAAGAACCACUUCCAGGUGACCGUGUACAUCGGCAUGCUGGGUGAGCCCAAGUACGUCAAGACGCCGGAAGGCCUCAAGCCCCUGGACUGCUUCUAUCUGAAGCUGCAUGGAGUGAAGCUAGAGGCCCUGAACCAGUCUAUCAACAUUGAGCAGUCACAGUCAGAUAGAAGCAAGAGGCCCUUCAACCCUGUCACGGUCAAUCUUCCCCCUGAGCAGGUCACAAAGGUGACUGUGGGGCGGCUCCAUUUCAGUGAGACCACUGCCAACAACAUGCGCAAGAAGGGCAAGCCCAACCCUGACCAGAGGUAUUUCAUGCUGGUGGUGGCCCUCCAGGCACAUGCACAGAACCAGAACUACACACUGGCAGCCCAGAUCUCGGAGCGUAUCAUUGUGCGGGCCUCUAACCCAGGCCAGUUUGAAAGUGACAGUGACGUGCUAUGGCAACGGGCACAGCUGCCAGAUACCGUCUUCCACCAUGGCCGUGUGGGCAUCAACACUGACCGGCCAGAUGAAGCACUGGUUGUCCAUGGCAACGUCAAGGUCAUGGGAUCUCUCAUGCACCCUUCAGAUUUGCGGGCCAAGGAGCACGUGCAGGAGGUGGACACCACCGAGCAGCUGAAGAGGAUCUCUCAGAUGCGGCUGGUGCACUACAGAUACAAGCCUGAAUUUGCUGCUAGCGCGGGCAUUGAAGCCACCACACCGGAAACAGGUGUCAUCGCCCAGGAAGUGAAGGAGAUCCUACCUGAAGCUGUGAAGGACACAGGGGAUGUAGUCUUUGCCAAUGGAAAAACUAUAGAGAACUUCCUUGUAGUGAACAAGGAGCGGAUCUUCAUGGAGAAUGUGGGGGCUGUGAAGGAGUUAUGCAAGCUGACGGACAACCUGGAGACCCGGAUUGAUGAGCUGGAGCGCUGGAGCCACAAGCUAGCCAAGCUGCGGCGCCUGGACAGCCUCAAGUCAACUGGCAGCUCGGGUGCCUUCAGCCAUGCAGGAAGCCAGUUUAGCCGGGCAGGCAGUGUCCCCCACAAAAAGAGGCCCCCUAAACUGGCCAAUAAGUCAUCACCAGUGGUCCCAGACCAGGCCUGCAUCAGUCAGCGCUUUCUGCAGGGAACUAUCAUUGCUCUGGUGGUGGUCAUGGCCUUCAGCGUGGUGUCCAUGUCCACACUGUAUGUGCUAAGCCUGCGCUCCGAAGAGGACCUGGUGGAUGCUGAUGGCAGGUCUAGCCAGAGCUUUGGGACCACACAGCUCCGACAGUCCUCUAUGACCACUGGACUACCAGGCACACAGCCCUCUCUACUGCUGGUGACCAAUUCAGCCUCAGGUCCAGCUCUCCGUGCCUUGGACCUGUGUUCCAGCCAGCCCUGCCCCAUUGUCUGCUGCUCUACUCCUCCCAUCUCCAGUCCUGCUACAGAUCCCAGCCUUGGCCCCACUCUCACUCCUACCCCAAGCCCCAGCCCUAGCCCCCACCCUAACCCCAAGCACUCAGGCCCCGGCCAAAUGGCCCCACUGCCAGUCACCAACAUCAGAGCCAAAUCCUGGGGCAUUUCGGCUAAUGGCAUCGGCUAUUCCAAGCAUCCCAAGAGUCUGGAACCUCUAGCCAGUCCUGUCGUCCCCUUUCCUGGAGGGCAGAGCAAGACCAAGAACAGCCCCAGCUUCAAUCUCCAAAGUCGUGCCCGCAGAGGAGCUCUGCAACCCAGCCCAAGCUCUGCCCAAAUCACUCAGACCCAGGGCCAGCUAGACCCAGUGCCAUCCCUGACCUCCAUCCAGCUACUGGAGAAUUCCAUGCCCAUCACUUCUCAGUAUUGUGUGCCAGAGGAUGCCUGCAGGCUUGGAAACUUCACCUACCACAUCCCUGUCAGCAGCAGCACACCACUGCACCUCAGCCUGACCCUGCAGAUGAAUUCCUCCACCCCUGUGUCCGUGGUACUGUGCAGUCUGACAUCGAAGGAGCAGCCCUGUGAGGAGGGAGGCUUUUUGCAGAGGCUCCACCCCCAUCAGGACACCCAGGGUACCUCUCAUCAGUGGCCAGUAACCAUCCUGUCCUUCCGUGAAUUCACAUACCACUUCCGGGUGACAUUGCUGGGUCAGGCCAACUGCAGCUCAGAGGCUGUCCUUCAGCCAGCCACAGACUACUACUUCCAUUUCUACCGCCUGUGUGACUGAGCUGCUUCCCGAGGCAGAACCACAGCCGGGAUCAGGGUCCCUGGGCUCUCAACACUGGAUGCAAAUGUGUUACACUGGAGCCUGCUGCAGGCCAGCUCUCUGCUCUUCGCUGCCUCCCUUGCCUGGGGAGACUGGAAGUCCUCACACUGGAGUUGCUGGACCAACUGGUCACCCUCACACAGCACAGAGAGGGCUAGAGGGAGCAGCCUCCUGGGUCUUCCUUCUGGUCAUCUCCUUGGGGCAGCUCAGGACCAAUUCAUGGCUGCCUAGUUAUGGUUCCUGGAAGGCUGGCUUGCCCACUCUCACUUUCCCUUCUGAGCUGUGGUAGAGUGAAGACCCAUGGGGGCUGGACCCAGACCACUAACAGCUAGCUGGACCCCAUAUGAGUCCAUGCAGAGUCAAUAACUCUCACCCUUUAUGCUGUUCCCAGGAGGGACAGCUUGGUAGUAACUUUCUGGGGUUUGACUGUUACACUAGAUCUGGAUUUCUAAGCUUUAAGUGUGUUUGGUUCAGGAGUGUUUUCCCUGGGAGAGCUUAGGUCCUAAGAAUUCCUGAGGUAGUCAGGACUAGCCCUGGAUGGCUUGCCUUAAGUCUUCUAGUGCUUGAUGGAGUCACCCUCAUAGGGCUGAACCAGUGGGGCUGAUAGACCAGGUCAGCCUUGGACUCUUGAACCUGGACAACCCUGGAAGGGGUGGUUCCCUGUGAGCUCCCAAGAUCUGUGUUCCAGGGAGUUUCCCAAACUCAUGAUGGAGUUGGUGAAAAGAGCAGGAAUCCCUGCAAGCAGUAAACUGGUUUCCACUGGAGGGUGAAUGCAGAUAACUUUUCUUAAUGAUGUAAUUACUAAAUGCACUUAAAGCAGGGCACCAAGGAGUAGGACAGAGCUGGAAAGCCCAGAGGGCCUCCGUGUGGACAGCCAUGAGUAGACAGGACCCCCAGUCUCUCUCUCGUGGCUUGGUCCAUGUGCAGUGGGUCCCAUCUCUGGCUCUUCCACCCCCAGGAGAUAAGUGCUGGGUUUGUGUUAGGAGGUUUUACUCAAGUGACAGCUUCAGCAUUUCUUGGAAGCACCUACAACAUUCUGAGCACAUGCAGGCUCCUGGAAGGAGUGUGUCAAUCAUUUAGCCGCAUGUCAUGGGUUCAGCAGUGGGAAAGGGAACUGCUCUUACCUUAUGGUAUUCUGACCCUUUGGAAACCAGGCCCUGCUUUUUCCAACCUCCCAUUCUGACCUCUAAAUGGGAGGCCUUUCUAUAGGGGAGCUGAGUUUGGGAAGCCUGAACUGUGGGUCCUGCCAAGGAUCUCAAAGCACUUAUCCUCAGGAUAGGGAAACAGCAGGGAUGCCUGAAACUUUCUCCCCAGCCCGACUCUGUUCCUCCAUUCUGCCAUAGGAUUCACAAUUCCCCACCCACAUCAGGCCGUGUUUGCCUUAAGACCUUGUUCUGUUCUCCCACAAGGUAGUUCUUCCCACAGUACCUUAAGACUGCCCAGCCUCGCUGCUUUAGUGCCAUGCUGGGACUCCUUUCUAGAGGGGCAAGUGCUCUUGGACUGUGGCCCCUCAGUCCUUAACUGGAAAGUGACCCUCUUCUACCCCCUGGAGUCCAUCUGGUUACAGCCAGCCCUAGGCCCAUUGGCAACUGCCUGUUUGCAUGCCUGGGAAGAGGUCCUCAGUGAGUUGGGGCCAAACUUGGGCUCCAAGCUGCUUGAGGGGGUCAACCUUGGACCAAAGUUGCCUUAAGCCCCAAGUAUAAAAGGGCUCAGGGGAAGGUGGAAGGGCCACGGGCUGGAAGCUGACAGCCUAGCUGGCGCUCCCUUCCUCUCUUCCUUCUGCUGUGUUCCUAUAGCCACUGGGCUAAGCUCCCCCUCGCUUUAGGCUGUACAUAGGGCUCCCCCAGCACAGAUCCCUGCCCAUGCUGUACCCCUCAGCAGCCUGCGUGUUCAGAGCGUCUCCCUUCUUGCUAACUCCCCUUUUUCUCCAUGUGCUCCGAGUCCUAUUUAUCAUGUACUCACUGACUCUGAGGAAGGCAGAGAUGCCACUCAGCCUACCUGCUUCCUGUCCCCCAAACAGUCCUUUUCUUCUAAGUAAAUAUACAUAUAUAAAUAAAUGUAUAAAUACUGCUUUGUAUCUGCA